AUGGCCAGUUUCGGUGUAAAACGCUCUCCUACGGCUGCCUCCGUUAUAGCAGAGAACCAAGAUGUAGAUGUUAGUGUUGUUUGUACUGUUUUAAAGCUGCUAGAUAAAGACAACACAGUCCCUUUUAUCGCUCGCUAUCGCAAAGAACAAACUGGAGGUUUGGAUCCUACAGUCUUACGGAACAUUCAGACCCAGUACGAGCAGCUAAAGUAAGUUCAAAAAGAAAAAGAAAAGGGUGGGGGGGGGGGGGGGGGGAAGCCGAGGGGGUAACUAGCUGAUUAAAGUUACGUUCGUAACGGGAAAAUGGGGGUCAGCAAAUAUCUGUGGUUCGGUCGGAGAUCACUGCAUAGUAAUACAGUGGAAGAAGCCAAGAAAAUGAAUGAGAUAUUAUAUAAACAAUUGGUCCAAGUCUCAGGUCUUUUUGGCCCACAGUUCUGAGUUAUUUGGUGAAACGUUUCACGCACCUUUCAGCUUUGUAGAGCUUUAUAAGGAGACGCCAUAUUGGUGCAACAAUAAACAAAAACAUCUGGAGUUCACUUUUCCUAUAAAAGCUCUUUCUUUUCACUCAAGAACUAGCAUAAGUACGCAUAAACACAUCGUCUAAUACUUGAAGUGGUUUUACUGCUGAAAAUCAAGAGGAGAUACUUUUUUUUCAACGAGACAGCAUUCCUAUGCUGGUGUCACGCGCUGUGAAAACUCGGAAGUUCAAAUUGCUGUAUUUUCGAAAUGAAACAUGCCACGGAACUAGAAACUUGUACAAAGAUUUAUUCUUUGUUUAUCUUCAACCUAGUGUAAAUAAUAAUACGUAAAACCUCGCUAUUUUGACGUUACAAUUUGAUGACGUCACAGUGAAAACCAUCUAUAGUGUUGACAAUGAUGAUGAUGAUGAUGAUGAUGAUGAUGAUGAUGGUGAUGAUGAUGACGGCGACGAGGGAGAGUACGAUGACAAUGAUGACAAUCCCUCUGUGGGAAUUGAUGGCAAUUCAGAGCGAGACUGGUUCAUCAUCCUAUGUAAGGGGAUCUCCGACAGUCUUGGAUUCUGGAUUCCACGUUGAGGAUUCUGGAUUCCAGGUACUGGAUUCCAGUAUUUUUCUGUAGAACUUGGAUUCUGAAUUACAAAAUUUUUGUUAGUGGGAUUCCAGAUUCCUUAAGCUGUAUUCCAGAUUCCACAAGCAAAAAUUUCCUGGAUUCCGGAAUCCGAAUUCCCUUACAUGGGGCGAGAUACACUAUAUAAUAGCUGUCAUUAGUUCACACCGUAAUGUCUAUAACGAUGGAGAGCCACUGUUGAGAUUUCCUUGUCUAGUAGUUGCCUAGAGAUAGAGGAUGUCUGUUAGCGUGGGUUUGAUUAUUAAUAUUGGCAGAUCAAUCCAAGAUCGGGCAGCCUCAGUUGCCAAGAAGAUAGGAGAGAAGCUUACUCCAGAAAUUAAGAACUGUCUUAACAAUGCUCUCACAAUGGAAGAAGUUGAAGAAGUGGUAAGGCUUUUUUUAUUGAUUGUCUUGUUAAUAUAAAUAUGGAAUAAGCUUUAAUUGGUGGAUUUUUUUAUUUAUAACUCAAUGUGAAUUGGCUGUAGGUGAAUGAUUAUUUUCUGCCUUUCAUUGGAUAAAAUACUGUAAAAUCAAUAAUUUCUCUCCCGUCAGGUGAGCUUGUGCUUUGAUAUACAGUGUAUGAACUUUCUUCAGUUAUUUUCUUCUGAUUAUGCAACCUAAUCAAAGCAAAUGCGUGAAGAAAAGAUUUCUUGAUAUUUAAAGGUGGAAUUAACAAGUCCAAAUUGGGUCAAAGUAAAUAUUGGUUUAUUUAUUUAUUUAUUGUAUUUUAUUUUUUACUCAGUAUUUAUCCAGGGACAUUCAAUUGAGCAGAACUAGUUAAAUGGAGCCCUGACACAACACAAAAACAAAUAAGUUACAAAGGCAACAUGUACCACAGGUGUUACCUUUUAAAAUGGUGCUUUAGCUUGAUUUUAUAUUUGCUGAGCGUCUCUACUUGUCUAAUGAUUCUCAGUAGGGAUUUAUGGAUGGUUUACUCCAGUUAUUAUACCAAAAAAAAAAAGAGGCCAGGUCAACCAUAAAGAUAAAGAUUUUAUCCCUGGUUUAAAUUUUAUUUUCUUUUGUUUAAUUGGCCUGUUUGUAAUUGGUAAGAAGUUUGAAACAAAGGAAAGAAAAUUUAAACCUGCAGGAUAAAAUUAAACCGCAACAUAUACAUCGUAGUACUUAAAAUUUGUAACUUGUAAAGAAUUGUAUAGUUUGAACUGUGGGAUGACUGUGAAGAAGUAAAUGCAGGGAAAAAUUCAGGCUUGCUGGGAUUUGAACUCACUUGACCAGUCGGCAAGCAUGCCAAAUAGGAGCUGAUCAUAACCAAUUUUUCAUAUUUAGGUUUUUUUUUGUCACAACUCGAUAAGUUGCAUAUUUAACUGUAAUGUUUUUCUCAGCAUUUAUGUAUUACACUUCUAUUAUUUUCCAUUGAAUAGUAUGCACCUUUCAAGAAAGGCAGUAAAGGAUCUCAUGCUGAUAGAGCAAGACAGCUGGGGCUUGGUCAACCUGCUGAAUGCUUGUUAAAAGAUCCAAAAAGUGUUCAACUGGAAACAUUGGUCAAACCAAAGACAGAAGGUCAGUCAUGUCAUGCAAAGAACAACCUAAAUUAUCUGUGGUAUAAUGACAAGAUAUUAUCAACCAUAGUAUGUGGUUAAAUGUAAUUUAGGCAAAGUUAAAACACAAGAUAAUGCCUUGUACUCCAUCACUAAUAUUAUUGGAUAGUGGUGGUCUUGGGCAUUUGCAGGGCUAGUAUUAAUUUACAGGGCUUUCCUUGAGGUAACAAAUAUUUGCUCAUGUUGCCUUUGCAUGCCAUAGCUUUAGCCAUUUUUGCUCCCUGCCCUCCUUUUCCUCUGGAUGUCCUUCAAAGGGCAUAUAUCUGCAGAUUUUUCCAUUAAUUUGAGUUUCUCACUUGUGAUGGUGUCUGGUGGUUGCUGCUCACAUGGUCGUCAUGGUUACCCUCUGGGCUGCCUUGCAGCUCCCUUCGGUUUGACCAGGCACCUUCCUCACACCCUGAUUGUUUGUUGAUGGGUUCAAUAUAGACAGAGGAGUGCAACUCUGGUGUAAAUAAGAGGCAAGUGAAAGACUGCCAAAAUAUGUGCGCUACAUGUAUAAUGAGUUAUUGUGAUAUUGAGCUUGUAUCAGUCUAUAUACAGUCAUUUUUCUGGUAUGUUUUUUUUUGUUUUGCAGUUGCCUUCAGUGUGCAUCUCUUAGGGAGCUUUCAAUAUAUCACUAAAACUCUAAUCAGCUAGAUUAACAUACAUUGUAUUCUUAGGAAGCUUUCAAUAUAUCACUAAACCUCUAAUCAACUAGAUUAAGAUGCGGUGUAUAUAUGUUACAUAGUUAUUUUAUUUUUUAUUUUUAUUUUUUUUAUAUCAGGCAGUUUUUGUUUUUCUCUUGUUUUUGGGUAUGGUAAUGUGUGCUAAUAAAGUUGAAACAAAAGAAACAUAAAAAUUACCUGAGAUAAAACUACAAUAUGACUGUACAGUGUUUAUCACUUCUGCAUGUAGUUUGUUGUCUCUAUUUUGUUAAACAAACAAACACGCAAAACCAACAAAACAAAAUCAGACUAACAAAAAAUGCAGAAUUUGAACUUACAGUAUGUACGUGUACAUGUACGUAUUCAAUAUAUGCGGGCUUACAUACUUGCAGGUGUGAAGAAUAUCAAGCAGGUGUCACUGGGAAUACAACACAUUUUGGCUGAUGUCAUUGCUAAGAACAGUGACACAAUGAGCUCAAUUAAAAAGAUGUAAGUGCUUUUGUUUAUUCUCAGUUGUUUCUACAGUUGAACCUCCAUGUGUGACCACCUUUCGUAAGCGACCGCCUACACAAAACACCAAAACUUUCCCAGUCAAAGUCUCACAGCUGGAACCUCUAGAAAAUGACCACCUCCUUUAAGCAACCGCAAUCACUCUUUGGGCCUGAAAGUUUAAUUAUUUUCUAUCAUUUUUAACCUCUUGUAAGUGACCACUUGACAUUCUCUGAUCUCUAUGUUUGCUCCCUCCCAUUAGUGACCACUAAGUCAUUGCAUUUGGGAUGGCCGCUUAUGGGAGGUUCGACUGUACUUCAAUCAUGUUGCCUAACAUAGGCUAACCCCACCCACAAUGACAUGUUCCAUUCAUUCAGUCAUUUCAGAAGUGGACUUUAUAUAUGUUUAACACAGCAGUAUUUGAUUGCUUUGGGAAAUAAUAAGUCACCAAAAAGGGAGAAUCAUGUUUUGUACCCGAGGGACACCCCCACUGUACCCAUAUUCGGACAAAAAGUUGUGCUCCUUCCCUCUCAGUGUUGAUUAUUUUUCUUCUGACAUGCCAACUGUCCCAACUAUAAAUGUUACUAGUAUUGUAGGUUGGUUCUCAAUUUCCGGUGUCUCCUAGGGAAUGAAUUUAAUUUUGACCUAUAACUUAUCCAAAAUAACCAUAAGUCAGAAGAACUUGGAACUAAGGAUGAAAGAUACGACGCAUACUGCUUGGUUAAACUGGGUGCUGUUAGAAUCUGAAAUCUGGGGCACAAAAAACAUAGCAUAGAUACUGUAAGUUUAUGAAUUGUUAUGCUUUUUUUCCCCAAAAUACAGCACGGUCAGUUCAUGCGAUUUUUUUUUUCGAAAUAAAACUGUUCCCAUAUCAACCCUAUAAAUCGUUUCAUUGCACAAUAAUGCCAGUUGUGGCAGCUUUUAAUAAGUGCCCGCAUAUGAUAUAGGGUGACUCUGGGAUGCCUGUGUGUCAAGGAGGUCUAGGAGUUAUUUUAAAAAAUGCAUCACAUUUACCAGCUUGGCUUACAAAAUAUGCAUGUACCCGUAUAAUGUGAAAGCCGUAUUAAUUUAUAGUGUGUAAUUUUCUUCAGGUUGAAAAAACAACCCCUUCAACUUGAGUCAAGUUUGUCUCGUUCAGCCGCGAAAGAAAAGAAGGAAGGUGGAGGAGACAAGAGAUAUGAGCAGUAUCAUGGCUUCAAACUAUCAGUUUCUUCUGUCAGAGCUCAUCAAGUAAGUAUUCAUUUAUUCAACUGAUGGCCCCGUUCACACAUAUCCGGACGUUUUUAAAACAGCCUUCCGUCUGUACGCAAGUUUAAACGUGUGGACAGACGAAAGAGCGUAGGUUUGAUUUCCGAAUACGAUGAUGUCAUCCGUAUUAUGCCACUAGCAUUAUGCACACACUGUAAAGGUUGAUUUCCACUGUCGCUUAAUUUUCACGUUCGUAUGCACAUAAAUUUUACGCGCGGCCUUUCACACAUUACCUCUAUUUUACUUACACGCGUCAAAAUUUUUGUGCGUAUACACGUGACAAUUAAGCGACAAUGGAAAUCCACCUUAUUGGUUGAUUUCCAUUGCAUAAUUUACACGUUCAUAUGCACGUAAUUUUUACGCGCGGCCUUUCACACUUCACCGCCAUUUUAAAUACUUACACGCAUAAAAUUUUGUGCGUAUCUACGUGAAAAUUUAUAAUACGCCACAGUAGAAAUCCACCCUAUGUGUAGAUUUCCACUGUCGCGUAAUUUUCACUUUCGUUUGCACGUAAAUUUGACGCGCGUCCUUUCACAUAGCACCUCUAUUUUACUUACGCGCGAAUAAUUUUUGUGCGUAUACACGUGAAAAUUACGCGACAAUGGCAAUCCACCCCAUGUGUUGAUUUCCAGUGUUGCGUAAUUUUUACGUGCGUAAAAUUUACGCUCGCAAAUAUAAUAGAGGCAAAGCACGAAAGGUCGCUCGUAAAGCGUAAAAGUUGAACCUCGCUCAACUUCUCGUUUAAGCUCAGCACUUUUUAUCUUGCCUCUAUUUUAUUUACCUGAUAAAAAUUUACGCGCGUUAACGUGCGUAGCCACAAACCCCUUAGUGGAAAUCAACCUUAAGGGACGCAGCUAUCGUAUUCCCAUCAUUUUCAUGUGAAUGGUCAAAAAUCGAUUAAAUACGCUUCGUGCGGACGCGUAGUUUUUUGAAAACGGAAAGGAUUUUUCCACAGCUUAAAAAGUUAGAACCACCUUUCAAACAAUGUCCCUGCCAUCCCUUAAAGCAGCCCACACCAGGGCUGGGCAGAGCGGGGAAGAAGGCUUCUCAACAAAGUUUUAUACGGAGAGGUUAGAGGCUCCGCCCCGAGGUCCAAGCCCACAUCCUUUUCUUCGUGUUACACAUCCGCUUACAUUUCUUAACACCACUUGAAAAUUACAACUGAAAUCGUUUGACAGCAGCCAUGGUGAUGUUAGAAAUUUAUUGUUUUCAAUAUCUAGGCAAUUGAACAUGUUUUUAACUUAAUAUGUUUUUUUUUCCAAGGUGCUUGCUCUAAACAGGGGAGAACAGAACAAGGUCCUUACUGUCAAGCUAACCAUUCCCAAGAACGUAGAAAAGCAGUUCCUCGUUCGUCUUCGUAAAACAUGGGUGCCCUGUGACGCGCCAGGUACAUCGUGUAUGCUUACAUUCUUUGAAAAAGCAGUGAAGUACAUGUGCAUUGUCUUCACUCUCAUAGCAAAAGAAAAGUAAAUAAAUAUUAAAUGAAUAGCUCUCAACCAAUGAGUACGCGAGAAAUUACUUGCUAUAAAGAGACUAUAAGUACAGUAAUAAAGAUUCGUCUGUCGUUGGAGCCUCUUGUAGAUGGCCAACCUCGUUGUUUUUUCUUGUGGAAGGGAGGGGGGGGGGUAUUUGCGGUAGCUUUGACUUUGUAUAGCUAUUUUAACUACAUUGUACAGGGGGUAACGUAGUGGGAUUUAAGGGCCUCAAACGUACUGUACGUAAAGUAGUGUGGGUAGGUCGUGCCUACUUUGUUAUUCGUUUACAACAUGUUUUUGUUUGUCAUUGCCAUAUAAUGGUGUAAAUCGUAACAGAAGUUUACGUCAGUGAUUUUUUGACUGAGUUACUCAGUGGCUGAGUUUAUUAAUUAUUUAGUUAUGUUUUCUGGAAUUCCCUAUUUUGCUAUGCUUUCUGGUAUCGUAGGUUUUUCGACUACGUUUAUUGAAAUAGCUAAGCGUAGAUGUAUGUCAGCAUACAAUGCAUAUUUUUUUUUUGGCUCUGCGGCUUUUAAGUUAUAUCUCAUUAGACCUUCCUCUGUUGCAGGAAACAUCAAAAAGUUAUUUAACGCCGCAGUGGACGAUGCUUAUAACAGACUUAUUAAACCCAAAGUCACCAGACAAUCCAGGUAAUUUGACUUUUAACAUCAUGCGCUGAGGUCGUACAUGACAUGGUUGCAGAGGACUUCCUUGACAAGGUUAUAGUAUAAUCGACUUCAAGGCAUUUAUCUCCAAAAUUCACUGUACCCUUUCGGCCAAGUUGAAACUAAAGCACCGUGCAAGUAAAGCUAAUAAUUCAAAUCUGCGUGGAGUUCUAGUUAACAGGGUUUUUUUUUCUUUAUUAAAAGAUGACGAAGUGUUGAUUUUGUGAUAUUAGCUACAGAUGACCAGGGCACAAGAGAAACUGAGUCGUCAUUUAUUAUUGCUUUUCUUGCUCCAAUUAUUUUAGGACGUCGUUAACCAAACAGGCAGAAAAGGAAAGUGUUGAUCUAUUUAUGAUGAACCUUUAUCGUCUUCUCCUCACCCCUCCUGUCAGGGGAAUGAGCGUGCUUGGGCUCGACCCAGGCUUCUCUCAUGGAUGUAAAUUAGCAGUGCUGAGCACCACUGGUGAGUUCAGUAAUGCAUGUUCAAUGGCGCCUUAAUUUUACAAUUGUGUCGUUGGCUAAUUUGCUUAUUUCAUUUCCUGAUUUCAUUUCAUAUUAAUGUGCCAACUAAAAGCGCAUUUGUUCUUGAAACAAAAGAUUCCUUUGUUUCACUCGCGUUAUGACUUUGAAUAACAAGAACAAAGUUUAUCUAAACAGUGAUGUCUUCUUGUUUAGGGAGUAGAGAGUUCAACUGAGAUUUGUGCUCAAUGAUAGCUUUUACGCCCAGUGUUACGAUUUUGUAGCUGGCCUCAGGGGUCUGUUAUACAGCUGCUGUUGGGAACAGUUAGCAAGCGAGAGAGUAAUAAGGGGGUAUAGUGGGGAAGAGAAAACUUCCCCCUCACUAGACCACUGCAUGCCCCCCUCCCCCGGUUAGGCAAGCGAGAGGGGGCAAGCGAGAGGGGUAAAGGGGGAAGAGAGAACUUCCCCCUCACUAGACCACUGCAACCCCCCACCCUGACCACUGCAUGCCCCCUCAGGGAACUUUUCACUGGGUCGGUUCAGUAGAAAGUGGAAGUAAAGAGUAUUUUUCCUGCAUGUUGUAAUGAGAGGGAACACUGUGCAAACUACAUGUACCUUCCUUUUUUUACAAUUUUGUUCAUGCAUUUAAUGUUUAGCUCUUUGGAUAACUAAAAUUGAAUCUUGGAUUACAAUUCUAGUGGGUUCAUUGUACUAUAGGUGAAGUUCUGGAGACAAGGGUAAUCUUUCCAUUUGGAAAGAAGGCAAAAACUGAACAAGCAAAGAGCACAGUGGUUGACCUCGUUAAAAAAUACAGGUGAAUACGAACAGGAAGUUGAACAGUGAUGGUUGAUGGGGGAAAACAGCAAUCUAUCAGCACUUCUCAAAAACUGUCAUGUACACUAAAUAAAACAAGAGACAAAGUAAGAAGUUCUGAAUGUAUUUUUAGUGCUAUUCUUGACCGUUAAAUGAGCCUCCAUACAAACCGUUGUAAUAUUUCUGUUGCGCAACAACGAUCCUCACUCCUGAGCCCGCGGUACCUGUGAUGUACUUAGAAACAAAGAAUGAUUCCGGGACUUCCUGAUUACCAACCUCGUCGCUAGGGUCUUCUCGUUUUCCAAUAAUAACAGCGGCCGCCAUACUGGAAACAAGAAGACCCUGGCGACGGAAGUGAACAAGUAGGAGCAAGGACUGAAAUCCACUAAAACGGAAGUAAAUAUCCAGGAGUGAGGACUGGGAUUUAGUUCACCAAAACCACUCGGCCAACCGCUCCGGUGCGAUGUUCGUUGUUGUGAAAGACUUGUUCCAGAUCUGUGCCAUUACUGUUUCCACGAUACCGGAUGGCUUUUCGUUUCGGCACGAAGAACUACCCGGUACCGCGUAAACUUAGCUUUAAGUUACUGCACCUAGCUAUCUUCAAAGUUACUUUAAGUUACGCAAAUUUCGCAUUCUUAACUAUAACACAAGAAACGGUAAAAAAUUAAUUUUGGAAAAAGUAAAUCUUACAUGUAAGUGCACGCACGCAGCAAUCAUUCUUUUACAAAGGAGCAAGGAUUUUUAAUAAUUUUGAUGUCUUAAUUCGUAUUUAUAUUAUAUAAAUAAUUUUUAGCAUAAACUUUAACUUUUCUAAUUUGUAUAGUAUUAUUGUCAGUCUUUUUUUUUUUUCUUUUUUUCCUUUUAGUUUUUUUAGCUAGAUUUUAAUUAGCAGAGCCCGCAUAGAUAGCAGUUUUUCUAAACUGACGUAGUCAUCCUGGGUAAACAUGUUCUUUAUAAUUACCACACAAUAUUGUUUCAUUGCAGAUGCGAUUAUGUUGCCAUCGGUAACGGCGUAGGAUGUCGCGAUGCAGAAACAUUUAUCAGUGAGCUCAUCAAACAGCGUGCAUUUGCACCUCAAGAUAUCGCUUAUUGGUAAUAAUAAUUCAAUAUUAUUAAACUUGCUUUGAAGCGAACAAUUUCCUAUUAAUGCAAUUACCCGUGGUGAAAGUGCAUUUAUAUCAUACAACUGGUGGUUUGUUUUUUUGUUUGUUUUAAUUAUUGUUGUUGUUGUUUUUUUGUUUUUUUUUGUAUGCACUUUUCCAUGUCCUCUUAUUCGGGAAAUGGAAGGAAGAGAACUCUAUGGGAUUUUGACAUACUCCAGCGAUUUCAGUCAUUUCUCCUUGCCAUUUAGCGGUGGCAGAUUUUCAAAGGACAAUUGUAAUAGCCUACAUAAGAGGCGUCGAAAGGAAGGGAGUGAUCAGCAUGUCACGAGCACGGGACGAUGAAAAAAAAUCUGAGUCCCCGAGAGGAAUUGAAACUAUGACCUUCCGUCCACCGGUCGGAUGCUCUCUAACCACUGAAGUACGAAGGACUCGUGGCGAAUGGGCCAUAUACAAGAUUCAUGUAUGAUAUGCGUCCUGCGUGCUGCUAGGAUCAGCAAUGUCGAAAUCGCCAUGUGUGUUAUAAAAUGAAGAAAGAUGGUAAAAUUUUAAGCUCGGUGAAGAAAUGAGAAAUGAUGUGAUCAACAUGUCACGAGCACGGGACGAUGAAAAAAUCUGAGUACCCGACAGGAACUGAACCUCAUUUCUUCACCGACCUUAAAUUUUACCAUCUCGCCUCCUUUAUCAACGACAUUUUUUAGGGUAAGCUGUUGUAUGUUAGCUGGCUACUUACACGUAUUUGCGGCUCCAACUGCCAAAAUAACCUCCCAAGAAUCUUACUAUUUAUGUUUCGUUUAGAAGUUUGUUCUUGGCAUUCGGUCCUUAUUUGACUAACCUAAACUAAACUUGACUAAAUAUGUAUAUUUUUUUCGCCAAAAAUUGCUGUCAGUUCCUCAGGCCCAAAGUGGCCGUGGACAGUCAGUCCGACCGGCUGAACCAUUCAAAGUGGACCAUCUUCAAAGCUGGUCGCAAAUGUUUUGGUUGGACCGAAACGAAAUGGUCCGUUCCAUUUGAUUUAUAUCCGGAAAGCGCACUUAGUUCGCUAUAUCAAUCACACUGGUCUUAUCCUCGAGCCUGCAGUUGUCUCAUUAAGUUCAUUUUAAGACAGCGUAAUUACUGUCUAACAGGGACGAUCAAUAAACAAUCAGAUCGAUGCAAGGUUACAACGUGGAAUAUUACGAAGGUUACAGUUUGGAAUUGUCUGUUUUUGUUUCAGUAUAGUAAGCGAAGAUGGGGCCUCUGUUUACAGUGCCUCUCCUGAAGCAGCUGCUGAGCUUCCAAGCCUUGAAGCAAGUCUCAGAGGAGCUGGUAAGGAGAAAAUAUAUUUACUUCCAGCCUCUUAGUUUUCAAGAUAACAAAAACAAAUAGACCAAAAGUUCUACGUGUACAUUUUAAUGAAAGUAAAUCUUAUCGAAAGGUCAGUAUUCAGGGGUAAGUAGUCCAGAGGAGAAAAAUGGCAAUGCUAAAAAUGAAUUUUAAAGCUCUUUAUGACACUACAUGUAACGUUUCAGAUUAUUUGAAUACUGGUUUACACAAAGUUGACUCCUAUAAGAUCUUCAGUAGCCCCAACUAUCAGAGUUCCUACCGUUGAAAACAACACUUUUCACGACCUGGCUGCCUCAGUUUUCAACCACCUACCUGCUGAGGUCAGGAACAUAACGGAAGACCUUUUUUAUAGAUUCGAUUUGAUCAGAGUUGAUUUUGUCAUACAGUUACGUACUAUUACGUUUUCCUCUUUUAUUAAUAUUGUUAUAGAAAAUAAUGUAUAGAUUCAGCCAGGGCUAAAAGCGAAGCUGUCUUUUAUACAUGUAUCUAUAGUUUACUCAAACGAAAUAUAAAAUCGUGUAAUGCUAAGCGGCGACAGCAACGAAAAUGGACAAAAAAAUCCGCUCUAAUUAGCAAAAAACGACUUUGCACGUGCAGCACACUUUUUAUGUACAUUUCUUUUCCGUUGUUUUGCACGACUUCAUCGUGAAACUUUCAAAAACUUCCACUUUUUAUGGAGGAAAUGUUGAAUGUGUUCUUCGUCUUUAUUAUUUUUUCGCUGCUGCUCAUCUUCACCUUGGUGGCCGCUUGAAUUAUUCUUACCGCCGCUAUAAAAUGUUAGUGUUUUUCUCUGUUAUCAGAGUCAAUGUGGACAUUAAAAUUAAGUCGAAAGAAAGAAUCGGCUUCGUUGUUGUUUUUUUUUUAUUUCUAGGAGUCCGGCGAUUUACCUUCCGAAACGGGCGGGUGCUUGAAAUGCAAAAUUCCACCCCGGCUUACGUGAAGGGGUAUACGUACGUACUGACGCGUACGGACGAUUUUCUUAGAACCAAAAUUUAUUGGAUGCAUAGAUAACCAAAUUUUCUUACCCAUAGUGCUCCGCUGCGAAGCGCGCGUGAGAGCUCCGCUAUAAUUUUGUUAUUAUCAUAUUAUACUUAGUACCUAAAGAUGUAGUUUUUUAAGUACUAAUUUUAGUUAAACACUAGUUAGAGAUGCAGGCGAAGAGCCACAUAGUGGAUGUAUUGUAUUAAAGUCAUUAUUAUUAUUACUAGAAAUACGUUAUCGCAAAAUCGAUUAUUAUCAUCUUCAUCAUUAACAUUAUUAUUGUCUCUUCUGUCACAGUCUUUGCUGGUUUUCUUUUUGUGCAUCAAACGGGCGCAAAACAUGCACCUGGAGCAUCAGUCACUGAAGUCAAUCAUUCUGUUCGUACAGUAAGCACCUUCCUGAGGAUUGUGCAGAUCCCAGCAUGCAGAUCUUUUGGGUCUCUGUCACAGUAGCUCUCUCUCAUACUUUCUCGAUUUUUUCUACCAUACCCUUCUUUACUGUACCAAGCACACCAACAACCACAGGGAUCACUUCGGUUUUUCAGGUGCUACAUUCUCUGUAUUGCAAGUUCUAGGUGAGAAUGAAUCUCCUUGAAAGAUCCCUCUUUUGAUCUUAAUCUGAUCUGCUGUGAUACUUCGAUUUCAUUUGUUUCUUUAUAAGGGUUGUUGGCUUCGUUUACAAACACAUCAUCUACUACACUAUCUGUUUGGUUGUUUUGUACGUUUAAUUCACUUUCAAUCCUUUGCUUGAUAUUAUCUAUUCCAAUUUCUGUAAGUUUGUUUUGUUUUUCAAUAUAUCUACGUUGGUUCAUUAGUGCGUUGUCUGUUAGAUUGGGUCUUUCAUUUAGGUUUCUUUCCCUCCAUAUUCUGUAUGUUUCUUUUGCUACUUCUUUACUGGGAUCUGCCUUUGUCUUGUAAUAGCAGAACAUGACUCAAUGUAAUCCUCUCGUGUCCAUUUCUGUCUGGUGUUUCUUCUAUCUGUGUUGGUAACUGCCCGUUCUGGUGUAGAAGCGCCCUGUUAGGAGAGACUCUCAGCUGGGUUGGCCUCCGCUGCAAGUUGAGGUUAUUACUAUUAUCAUUAUCAUUAUCAUUAUUAUCAUUACUAUUAGUAUCAUCAUCAUCAUCAUCAUCAUCAUCAUCAUCAUCAUCAUCAUCAUUAUUAUAUGAAGUUGUGUUACUUUGUUCAGUCUCUAUCGGUAGGAGGUUACAGGAUCCUCUUGUGGAGCUUGUAAAAAUCGACCCCAAACAUUUGGGCAUUGGGAUGUACCAGGUUAGUUCGAUAAGUACUUUUGAGAAGUUUGAAGCUUUGAAUUACUUCUCCGUGCCUGGUUUAUAUCUAUAAUUCGUUUUUGGAUGACGUCCCGUCUUGCAUAUUAGAGAUCUUUAGAUUCUGACACGAGGACGACUGCGACAACGAGCUUUGCCCAAUACUAAACAGUGCUCGCGCGCCAACCAACGCUGUUUUGGCUGGAAACUGUAGUAGCCGUUGUCAUUCUACUACGAGUUUUAGCCAGAAUUUAGUGGUGGCGAAAACAAGUUAUCAAGUGUUAGAAACUGUUAUAUUCCUAGACUUUCACUUAACUCAGCAGGAACUCCCAUUGGUUGAUUCUUGGUCACGUGGCCUUGACUAAAAUCAAAUGUAUCCUGAUUGUGAUAUAUUAAGCAAUGUACCCCGCUCGGGCUACAUUAUAGCACGUGAUCAAAGCAUGGAGGAAAAGGGUGUGACAGAAGGCGGGAAAACACUACCAGUUUUCUUUUUCGUGAAUGAACGCAAGAAGCCUCAAGCUAAAAAGCAACGAUUUUUAAAUCCACCCCAGAAGAGAAACAGCAGCUAGGUGAUGAAAAAGAUGCAGAUGAUAUAAGGAAAGUACUUUGUAAAUCAUUCAUUCAGUGACUUAAUGUGAAGAAUUGAAUUUGUGUUGUCAUAAGUAUCGAGUCGACUGUUUUGGUACGCUCCGGUUAUUCUUUUGUUGCUGUUGAAGUGAAAGUCCAGAAAUAUAAUAAAACACUUAAUGUCAGGUCCCUCUGAAAACCAGUUAGUUUUGUUUUCCCUCGAGUCAUGAUGUUUCCCAAGACGAAGGACUAUCGGGAAAACAAAACUGUUUCCCUCGGGACCUGACAUUAAGUGUACAUUGUAUCAUUUAGCGAUCGGAAGAGGGCUUAACCUCCUUCAACGGUGUGUGUCUAUUUUAAAGAAUAGGCGAGGAAACUGAAAAUUAAAUGUCGCCCUCGUAGUCAUUCUCGUCCUCAAAUUUAAAGCUCUAUAUUGGUUUUCCAAAACACUGAAGGCGGCAAUUUUGGUGGUCCUGUGUGAGUUGAACCUCCCCCAUCUGUAAACGGACUCCCCUAAACCUACAGACGAUCAACAACCGGCCAACAGUUGGCCGUCGUUCGACCAACAGCCGGUCAACAGUCGGCCAACAGUUGGCCGAGUUUUUUUUCACAACGCACAUCCACCAUCUGUUGGCUGACAGUCGACAAAGUGUUGGCAAACUGUCGGUGACCUGCCUAUAAUUUGCUUCUUUCAAAACUUGUUUAAGCUCGCGUAUUCGUACGAAAUUCAAUAGUCAAAUGUACAUCUAAUUAUAAACCCGCCGAAUAUUGUAUUGAAAUGAAUUUUUUUGACAUUUGACCAAAUAAAAGAAAUAAAUGGGAUAACAGGGAUGGCGCUCAAAACAGCGUAAACUCACUUAUAUUAAGUGACGUUUUCGCAGACUUCACCGUUCUGGUUGCUUAGGUAACGUUCAUACUAAUCGGGACAUUUUUAAAACCGGAUUUUUUUUUUACCCGGAUUCGUUUGGAUGGAAACUUAACCCCCCGCCCCUCGGGAAAGUGGCUAACUAUUUACGUAUGUGUACUUAUGUUCUCGUGAUCUGUUUCAGCAUGACAUCCCUGAGACUUUGCUGCGAGGCGCGCUGGACGGUGUUGUGGAAGAUUGUGUCAGUUUUGUGGGAGUUGACUUAAACAUGGCGGGUAUUAGCAUGUUAAGGUAACUGUCACUAGCCAUCGGGCCCAAGUUGUUCAAAAGGUUGAUAUAUCUCUGGCCAGUGGAUGAUGCAAUGGGUUUUCCUAUUACUUGUCCCCCGUGUAGUUACUAGAAACCGCUUCCUUCCAGGGCUGGGUUGCUCGAAGCUGGGUUAAGAUAACCCAGGGUUAGUGGAGACUUUGAACUCAGAUAUUAUAGCUUAAAAUUCAAAAUCAGUUUAAUUCUUUUUGCCUACAAUUUGAUGAUUGGAUACUGUAAAAAGAAUACCCGAAAAUUAUCUGAGACAGUGCUUUUGAUAACAAGAAAAAAAAAAGCCGGGUUAAAAUUUAACCCCGGGUUAGUGCUAACCGGCGUUCGAACAACUGGGCCCAGGACGAGAAAGAAUACGAGUACGAGAUUUGACUUACAAUUUUUUCACGUAUCCUCAAGAAAUUUACUUGCCGAUGACUCUUGGCACUGUUAUCUAUAUUGAAGGAGGUUAAGCCCUAUCCCGAUCGCAGAACGAUAAAAAUUUUACGAAACAUUUGAUAACUCGUUCCCACCACUACGACAUUAGAGCCCAUUAGAUUUGAGGAAGAGAACGACUAAGAUACGAGAUUUGACUUUUUUUUUUUUUUUUCGCGUUUUUUUCGGUUUCCAGAAACGAUAGGACUGUUUUUUUUUUUAAAGGAGGGUAAUCCCGCUCUUAAUCGCAAAAUGAUAAAACUUCCAACAUUUGAUAACUUGUUUCCACCACUAAAACAUUCUCGCUCCCGUAGUAGAAUGACGAAGGCUAUCAUGUUUUCCCGCCAAAAAGACGCUGGUCCACGCGCGUACACUAUUUAGUAUUGAGACAAUUUCGUUCUCGGCGUCGUCCUCGUCUUAGAAUGUAAAGGUCUCUAUCUUUCUGACGGAUAAUUGUGAUCAACUGAGGCCUAGUCGUGAAUUAUUGGCCGACAAUGAACUGAUCUUGGGCACUAUAAAUUCUCGUGAUCAGUUACAUAUACAUUAUUUUCCAUUUCAGACGCAUAGCUGGUUUAAAUGAAAAGAAAGCCAAAGCCAUUUUAGCUUGGAGAGAAGAACAUGGCGCCUUCAUCAACCGCGAUCAGCUGAAGGAAGUUAAGGGGAUUGGGCUCAAGUCGUAUGAGCAGUGCGUUGGGUUUGUCAGAAUAAUCAACGCCUUACGUUUCCAUAGCAAUACUUCAAAGCCAUCUAUCAGUGCGCUUAGCAGCACAUCUGUAGAUAGUGGUCACGAGAUUGUUACGGUAUUAGAUUCUGACGAAGAAGAAAAGCCGACUGUGCGAGGGAAGAAAAGAAAGGGUGAUGGCGCAGAGGAAGGAGUAAAAAAGAAAAAGAAAAUGAGAAAUGGGAAGCAAGAGUUCUGUGCUAAUCCGUUGGAUAUGACGUGGAUUCAUCCCGAAUCUUAUCCCGUGGCCGAAAGGUAAAUAUGGAGAUUAAGAUACCACGGCUACAAAGAAGGAGGAAAACGUCGCUUGAAAUUUGUUUUGCUUACUUUCAAGGCUUCAUCGCGAUUUUUCCAACUUGCUCUCAAAAUCCUUCAGGGCUUUGCUUUCUUGGGGGAAUUAGGGUUUUUGUCAUUGAAACCUCGCUGGGAUUGCCAAACAUAAAUGUGAACGAAAAAGACAAAUAAAUUCUGGUAUACUUAGUAAAAAUACGUCAUCGUACUGACGGCCUAUUUUGUUCCUCAAAACAGUACCAUAAUACAAUUCGAAAUUACAUCUACCCAGUCUCUAGUCUGCUACACAGCCGUUUUUAGAGUCGUCACGCAACGCUUCUCCCCACUAACGGCUGCUGAAAACCGAACUACAUUCCUUUCCCGUGAUUAGCCAAUUAUAAUUCAGCUCCCAUUUUCUGGAAGGCGUUCGUGCCACGUUUGCGGUAUAUCGGUGCCCCAUGUGUGAAUGACAGAAUAAUCAAAAUCGUCGCGUGAAAACAAGCAAUUAACUACAUUAGUGUUGUCGUAGUCGAGUCCUAUGCAAAAGUUAGGAGAUAAGUAGCAGCAGCAAGCAAGUCGAGCAAAUUGCGAUGCACAACAUGGAUGUGCUCAUAAAGUUGCCAGGUAUAGUUUCGGGAAAUCGCUCAUCGAUAAUUAAUAAGAUUGCUUUUUGAAUCAGUACCCUUGAGAGUUUAGUCUUCACAGGAACACAAUGAGCACAUCCGGCACAUUAAAUUCUUCAUUACAUAUCAGUACAUAUGCACCUUAAAUGAAGAAUCAACCGAUCCUGGUAAAAGUCUUCUAUGCCUACCAAACCUUUUUUUCACUUGAAACUUUCUUGACCGCUUAAAACAAACUUUUUUGCAAAUUAACCUUUUCGUUGCUUGAAAACACAGAGCCCGUCUAAAUUCAGCGACGAUUGAUUGAUUUGUCGAAAACUGAGAACGUGCUCGCUUCCUAGCGCCCUGCGGCUCACGUAUUGUCAAAUUUCUUACACAUGAUUGGCUUGUUCGUUAGACCACAAACACAAAGGGAAAGGAAUGUAGUUCGGUUUUCAGCAGCCGUUUGUGGGGAGGAGCGUUGCGUGACGACACUAAAAACGGCUGUGUGGCAGACUACCCAGUCUCACCCAUUACGUCAAUAUGGUAAAUAUAGACCAGGGCAUCCUAUAUAGCUCUUUGGGGGAGCAAGGAUGGCGCAGUGGCGAGAGCACUCGCCUUCCACCCAUGUGGCCCGGGUUCGAAUCCUGGCGUCGAAACCAUAUGUGGGUUGAGUUUAUUGCUGGUUCUCUCCCUUGCUUCGAGAUGUGUUUCUCCGGGUACUCUGGUUUCUCCCUCUCCUUAAAAGAACAAUUAUUCCAAAUUCCAAUUCGAUCUGGAGCGCACGGGAACAUUUCAACGAUUGCUUAAGAACUCCUCAGUGCUCCAUGGGUAAACAAAUUACAAUUUACCAUAAAUAAAUAAAAAUUGAUUUGAAAAAAAGCCCUGUUUAAUUUCAUAAAUACUCUCUGCGAAGUCAGGAUCUGACCGUGGUUGUGUUCUUCCAUUAAAGUUUGAUGCAGUUGCUGGGUAUUUUGCCAGAACAGAUCGGACAGCCAAUGGUGAAAAAUGCUAUCGACAACUUUCUCCAGUCUCGAAGUAAGUAAUGUUUGAUUUUUCACUAUUACCUUUGUUUCGCAACAUUCUUAUCCGAGCUGUGAUAAGUGUUCAGUCUGUGCAGCAGCUUUUAGCCUGCGAGCAAGUUCUCCGAUGAAGGGAAGGAUAGCUUGCAACAACGUCUCUGGAAUUUGAAUAUCUGCAUCGGAAAGGUCGAUGUGAAAUGCUCAUUGGCGGAGAUGACAUAAGUAAUGACGUCAUUACCCUUGGCACGUGUUUUAUUCAAUAUUUGUUUACAUUCGCGCUAAUUGGCGGAAAUCUGACAGCUCAGUCAACGGGGAGCCACAGGGGAACUGGAGGUCGAAAUCAAAUUCUAGAGACGUAGUUGCAAGCCCUCCUUUCUUUUCCCACUCCGCCGCCAAAGGACCGCGGAGAGCUUGCUCGCAGGCUUAGCAGCUUUCGUAACGUCUCAAAUGAUUAGCUCUAUACCCUUUUGAGAAAUAGUCUGAGUAAAUAAAAGUAAUGAUGCCCCCAUCUUCCAAGACAAUAGCAGCUGCCACACUUCUGCUUGCGCAAAGUCAGAAGUGCUGACUAUAUCUGUGGGAUUUUUGCCGGUGUGUUGUUGUUGUGGUUGUUAAUGAUGAUUUUUCUUUUUUGUUUGUUUGUUUGUUUGUUUUCUGCGAAGGCUGCAACUCCACACGCUUACUUUAUCCUUGAAUUAUAAGUUGUGUCUAACCAACCGAUCAGUAUUAAAAACGUUUCUUGACAAACACCAACUAAACUUAACAUCGCUUGAUGAAAAGCGUUUCCUAGUUUUCUGCCUAGUGCUACAAGAUGCCUGCGAUCAGACAGUCCUUCUUCCCUUUUUUUCUUUGUGGUGCAAGGGCUUGGCGUUUUAGUUGUUCCUAUAAAGCAUAGAUACAUGGAUAUCACUCUGCAGACUUGCUUGUACAAUGUAGUAGAAGCUCCUAAAAAAUAGCAGCUGCCACACUUCUGCAUGCUUACUUUUUGGGGCCGUAGCAUGACAGCUUUACCAGUUUUUUGUCGUUGGAUUCUUAACACCAACUGAAGUCAACAUCGCUUGGUGAAAUGCGUUCACCAGUUUUCUGCUACAGGAUGCUCUUAGAUCCUUACUCACUUGUUCGUGGUUGCCCAUAAUGUUCUCCAAGUUAGCUAAUGUACCUCACUGACUUCUGUAUUUUUCAUUUUUUUGGUCGCUUGCAGAGAUUGAAGAGCUAGCAGGGCGGUUAAAUGUUGGCGUUCCUACACUCCACAACAUAAUUGACGGUCUUAGACAACCAACAGACCACGACAUAAGAGUCAGUAAGUAGACCUGUAGUGAAAUUGAUAAAUAAGUCAGCUCAAUUUUUGUCUCGUUACCCCUGUUUGUUUGCAUUUACUUAGCAAGCCUUUACGAAAUUGUUUUAAAGUCCAUUCAGCUUUCAUGUUUCUGUAAUUAGAUUUUCAGAAACCCUUAUUCAAACGGAACGUGACGUCACUAUCAGACCUUCAUCCGGGGACGCAGCUGAGUGGCCGCAUUACAAACAUGACGUCAUUUGGUGCGUUUGUGGACUGCGGUGUCGGUAGGGAUGGCUUGAUACACAACAGUAAUAUGGGACAAUUUAAAGGGAAGGUCGGUCUUGGGGAUCUAGUCGAAGUAACUGUCAAGGCCGUGGAUUUGGUAAAGCAACACAUUCAACUAAUUUUAACCCAGAUUUCGUCAAGGUUUGAUCCGCAGUUGCUUGUCGCAGUGGAGGGAUUAUCGAAAGCCAGCGCUUGAUGGCGUAUUAGAAUCACUAAGGAGUUUUCUCUGUGGAAACUCAAUUGUUCUUCUUAAAUAUUUGCAAAGAGGUACAUCAUCUGGAAUACUUAGAACGUUAACUAUGUUAAAAAAGGUGAUGAACUAAAGCUCUACGUUCUGUGGUUCUUAGAGACAGAUUUCAUUCAGACCACACAGUGAUCAGAUGAAAUUAUACAUAUAAAACAAACAAACUUUAAAACUAGCAGG